AUGCGGAUAGACAGAAGCUACGAAGCCGUCGGGAUUUUAUCGGCUGCCGGAGGGACAGCGACUGAAGAAUGCGUAUGGUACAGCCACACGUCACGUCAGUGCGAGGCGAGAGGCCGAAAACGUCGCGACACCGUCGAAUGCGUUGUUGACGACGACUGUGAUAGCGCCCCGGCAAAAUGUAUCAAGUUUAGCGACGGUGACGGCGGUGAAUCGGCCCGAUGUGUGGUGGUCGUU